AUGGAGGCCAUCAACCACGCCCUCCACCUUUCCGACCAGUUCGUCAUCAGCUGCGGCACCGUGACACUCGACGUCAAUCGAUCCAAAGUCCUACUCAUCCGCUGGCGAAAGACCAACGAAAUAUUCCUCCCCAAAGGCCGCAAAGAUGUAAACGAGUCCCUCACGGACGCAGCUAUACGAGAAACAUUCGAGGAAACUGGAGUACAGCCACGCAUACUGCCAGCUCGGAUCAACACCCUCGCGACCUCCCAAGAAAGCACAAGUGGCCUCUUCACUGAGCCCAUCGCUGUGUCUCACCGAAUGCGCGAGGGAAUUCUCAAAAUUAUUUUCUGGUACAUUGCCGAGUCGGACUCUACUCAGACUCCGGCAAAAUGGACGGGCCAGGAGGAUGAGGACUUUGAUACCAUCUGGGAGGAUUACGGCAAUAUUAACUCGACUAUCACGUUUGCUGAAGACCAGCGCAUUGUUUGGGCAGCCAUUGACACAGUCCACAGACGAGGCACACAAGCUGUUUGA